AGCAGGAAGAAGCUGUCAACUGGACUCCACGCCUCCUCUGCCGAUGGCGUGGUUGGAGCAACCUGUCUUCCCCCGUGUGUCCAUGUAGUCGGACCUGCCACCGCGUCUCUGUCCGUACGUGUUGUUUCAGCCAUGUCUGUAGUCAAAACGAGUUUGAGGCUGUUCGUGUUCGCCGCCGUCACCGUCCUGGCCGUGCUGCUGCUGCGGCACUGGAUGGCCACCAAGCAGUACGUCUUCAACAAAGAAGACGUCGCCAAAUUGGCCAAACAGUACGCAGGACAGGACCAUGAGCAGGCCUUCUCCAAAGUGGUGGUGGAGCUCAGAAAGAGGUAUCCUGGCCACAUCCUGCCAGACGAGGACCUGCAGUGGGUGUUUGUGAACGCUGGAGGCUGGAUGGGUUCCAUGUGUCUGCUCCACGCUUCACUUACAGAGUACUUGUUGCUGUUUGGUACUGCAGUGGACACAGGAGGACACUCAGGUCGUUACUGGGCAGAGAUUUCUGACACCAUCAUCUCCGGCACCUUCAGACAGUGGAAAGAGGGAACAACCAAAAGUGAAACAUAUUAUCCUGGCGACACCAUCGUACACGGCGUAGGCGAGGCAACGUCAGUCCAGUGGAGCGCGGGGACGUGGAUGGUGGAAUAUGGCAGAGGUUUCAUCCCCUCCACGCUGGGGUUCGCUCUGGCUGACACCCUGUUCAGCACCCAGGACUUCCUCACAAUGUUCUACACUGUGCGUGUCUACGUCAAGAGUCUGCUGCUGGAAGCUGGCACACUGCUUACAGAAGCCGGUGUUUUCUGAGGCACGGUCGAGGCUCAGAGAUCUGCACGUGGACAGUAACAUCAAAAGUUCACCUUGUCAUGUCAUUUUUCACCCCGAUACCUAAAAUCAAGCAUGGGGAGAGAUCUGUGCUGGACAAUUCCAAGUCCAAAUAUUAAAAAAAAAAAAAAUUACUUGAAAUUGUAGACAAUCCAAAUUUGCUUCAGCACAGUUGAUCCCGUCAUCUUUCAAGUUCUUC